GUUGAGUCGUCAUUUUAUUUGUCGAUACUUCGUCAAAAGGGACUUCUAUUUUUCUUUUUUCUGCCGCAAAGAUCUAUAAGGAAACACACACACACAUAGCAUCGUUUAUUUGUUUUGCUUUAUGGCCAAAAGCAACAUCAAAACUUCUAUUUAACUUUUUGUAUACAAUCAAAACUUUUUUUACUGGCAAGAAAAAAGAAAAAUGAUGCGUCGUUGCUGCAUUUUGCUCGCUGAUGCGGCUGCUGCAGGUGGGGGCUAUCCCCCUGAGUGGAUCGCAACAGCGAAGAAAGAGCUGAAGCGCGACCCUUCCACAUUGGUCCGUCACUCCAUUAACGGGUUCGACAUUAAACCUCUGUACCUGCCUGAGGAUGUGAAGAAGGUCCCAAACCUCCCCGGUUUCUUUCCCUUCACUCGCGGUGUGCACGCCACCAUGUACACCGGCCGUCCGUGGACAAUUCGUCAGUACGCCGGUUUCUCAACUGCCGAGGAGUCGAACAACUUCUACAAGGCUGCCCUGAAGAGCGGUCAGCAAGGUCUUUCCGUCGCCUUCGAUUUGGCAACUCACCGCGGCUACGACUCAGAUCACCCUCGUGUGACUGGCGAUGUGGGUAUGGCUGGUGUGGCCGUGGACACCGUUGAGGACAUGAAGUUGCUGUUCAAGGACAUUCCUCUCGAUAAGGUCAGUGUGUCUAUGACCAUGAACGGCGGUGUGAUUCCCAUCCUUGCCUUCUUCGCCGUGGCGGCGGAAGAGAGCGGCGUACCGCAGGCGAAGCUGCGUGGUACCAUCCAAAACGAUAUUCUCAAAGAGUUCAUGGUGCGUAACACGUACAUUUUCCCUCCAACACCGUCCAUGCGCAUUAUUGGCGACAUUAUGGCAUAUCUCAACAAGAACCAGCCGAAGUUCAAUAGUAUCAGUAUCAGUGGUUACCACAUUCAAGAGGCUGGCGCCGAUGGCGCGCUUGAGCUGGCCUUCACCAUUGCCGAUGGACUUGAGUACAUUCGCUGCGCCGAGGCUCGUGGGCUGACAGUGGAUGAUGUGGCGCCGCGUCUAUCUUUCUUCUUUGGUAUCGGCAUGAACUUCUACUGCGAAAUCGCGAAGCUGCGCGCCGCCCGUACACUCUGGGCGACGUACGUGAAGAAGAAGUUUAACCCCAAGAAUUCGAAGAGUUUGCUGCUGCGUACGCACUCGCAGACCUCCGGGUGGUCGCUGACGGAGCAGGAUAUGCAGAACAACAUUAUCCGUACGACGAUUGAGGCCAUGGCCGCCGUCAUGGGCGGCGUGCAGAGUCUGCAUACCAACGCCUUUGAUGAGGCCGUUGCGCUGCCGUCCAAGCAGAGUUCACGUACCGCGCGUAACACGCAGAUUAUUAUCCAGGAGGAGACCCACAUUUGCGGCGUCGUCGACCCGUGGGGUGGCUCGUACAUGAUGGAGGCGCUCACGCAAGAGAUGAUUGACAGAGCCACCGCCAUCAUCGAGGAUGUGGAGUCGAAGGGUGGUAUGACCAAGUGCAUCGAGGAGGGCUUCCCGAAGCUGAAGGUAGAGGAGAGCGCCGCUCGCCGGCAGGCCGCCAUCGACUCUGGUGCCGAGACCAUCGUUGGUGUGAACAAGUACGUCAACCCUGAUGACAAGGCUCCGGAGACGCUGCGCAUUGAUAACGAGAAGGUGCGCGCAGGCCAGAUUGCCGGCAUCCAACGCGUCAAGGCCGCUCGUGACACCGCCAAGUGCGAGGCCGCCCUCAAGCAAGUGACGGCGGCCUGCAAGGACAACAGUAUUAACAUUCUGGAUGUCGCCAUCGUCGCCGCCCGCGAGCGUGCAACGCUUGGCGAGAUCACGUUCGCAAUGGAGGAGGUCUACGGCCGCUACGUGGCCAAGAACCAGGUGGUGCAGGGCGUGUACUACAGCACCUACGUGAAAGACGGCAGCAAGGAGGAGCAAGACUAUGUUGGGAAGAUCAAGGCCCGCAUUGACGCCUACGCCGCCAAGGAAGGUCGUCGUCCGCGUAUCAUGGUUGCCAAGAUGGGUCAGGAUGGUCACGACCGUGGUGCCAAGGUGGUCGCCACUGGCUUGGCCGACAUGGGUUACGAUGUGGAUAUUGGCCCGCUGUUCCAGACCCCCGAGGAGGUUGCUCGCCAUGCCGUCGAAAACGAUGUGCAUAUUGUCGGCGCCAGCUCUUUGGCUGCCGGUCACCGUACUCUAAUUCCGCAGCUCAUCCAGGAGCUGAAGAAGCUCGGUGCGGAUGAUAUCAUUGUCACCGCCGGUGGUGUGAUUCCCCCGGGCGACUACCAGGAACUGUACGACGCGGGCGUGAAGAUGAUCUUUGGCCCUGGUACACCGAUCCCGAAGUGCGCGGACGAAAUGAUUACGGCUUUGGAGGCUCGCCAGAAGUAG